AAUACAGCUAAAUCGAAUGCAAUAAAACAAAAUGCCAAUUUCGAAUCAUUGGUCUGACACCAGUCCUCCGUUUCCAGCGAUCCGAUUUCCUCCAGAUUCCGUGCGUGGAAACUGGAGAACGCAGAACCGAAAGCUCAGUAUUAGGAACUUACAAGGGUCGACUCAAAGCAGGAAAGCAAACUCCUGCUCUUCAUUGCAUGUAGUAGUAGUAACGGCCAGGAGAAAUCCGCCUGCCGUUUGCAGCCAAUUUGGCGGCUACUUAACGGCGGCCAUCAGUCGAGUGAUUUAGCGUUAUAGCCUGUCGCUUUAAUGGACUCUUCAGCUCCUCCCAACGUCAUAAUCGGAAGACUUGGGUAACAAACUCGGCAUUGCCGAUGUUGCUGCUGCUCGGUUGGACUUGCUGCCUCCAGACCUCCAGGUCUCUAGACCUCCAGAAUUGGGACAACAUCAGCACUAGAUGGCGACGAAAUCUCCCGGGGAGAUUGCUUUUGACUCAGCAAUGCCCACUUUGCAUACGGAAUUGGACUUGAAUUUGAUUGACUGAAAUUGAAUAAUCCGAGCCACGCGAUUGGAUAAUUUCUUGAAACUUUGCAUACGAACUUGCAGCCGCAGUUUGGUGAGCUGAGCAGCAGCAGUUUGGCGUCCGUUUUGCUGGACGUCUGUUUCACUUUUCGCUGUUGCCGCAGUGACGCGGGCAAAUCCAAAAUUAGCAAAGCAAACAACACACAACACACGGAGAAAGUGAAUGGCCGAAUAAAUCCCCGACCCGCUUUUCCAGGAUGCUCCCUGAGUGCCUGGCGCUGAUCGCCCUCCUCCAGCUGGGGGGGGUGACGCGGGCCCUGCCCACCAUCCAGGGCGGGAAUGCGCGGCAGCAGCUGGACAAGAGCUUCUUCCAGCCGCCGGAGAUCGAGCAGACGAUCGACGAGGUGCAAAAGAUCCUGGCCAACGAUCCGGCCUUGCCUAGGCUGACGCGUGGCGAGAUCGAGGAGCUGUACGAAAAAGUGACCCGCGAGGAGUACGAGAAAAGUCUGGAGGCUGGCGACAUGAGCCGCGCGGACAGCAUGCGAGCUCUCAUGCUAGUCCUGCCCUUCAACACGGACAACAACACGGAGGAGAACCUGCAGGAGCUGUACACGCGGCCACCGGUGACUCGCGUCAUCGACGCCUACACGCCGCCGGACCCGGUGAAGUUUCUUACCGCGGAUCCCAGUGCCCUGCCCAGAAGCACAGUGCCCGGGGGCAAUCCUGCGGUGGCAGCCACCACUUACAAGCCAGCCUACGGUUUGCUCCACGGCCAAACGAAUCCUCUCCAGCAGCAGCAGUUCAGACCCAUGCCGCAGGCCACAACCUACCAUCCGCCAGCGCCGCCGCCGGUAGUUUAUCAGGACUUUCGGCCAGUCACUGCCGCCUCUCUGCACUCAGCUAAUCCCGCUGCUGCGCCUGCAGCCGCCCGAUUUAGCUCCCACUACAGCGCAAAGAACGCCCAGUUCCUGAGGAAGCCCAAGCCCUCCGAAGGAGCAGGUGGCUCCGUCAGCAGCACGGUCAAGCCGGUGGCGGACAUCCUGGAAAGCCUGGGCAUUGUGUCGGGCGGCAAGAGCGAUUCUGCCCACAAGAGGUAUGCGCUGGACGACUAUUACCCCGCGGAGAGUGCCCCCCAGCCGUCGGUGGUAGCGGUGGCGGAUCUACGGGGUCUCCAAGGGGCGCGAAUCCGCCCGGAGGCCUACUCAAACUUCAAGCCCCUGAAUAUUGGCGAGGAGCUGCGCGUGAAGCCCGAAGUUGAGGGUUACUUGACCCGCUUUGGCAUUGUGAGAAAGGCUCCAAAGGCACUGAAGAAGGAGGCAAAGCCCACGGAGGAACCAACUGGUGCUCACACGGAGCUGUCCACGGCGACGGCCCGCUUGCCGCCCACGGGAAACGCGGAGUUGGCCAAGCUCUUGGAAAAUCUGCAGGAACUGGAGCGACUUCAAUCGCAGCCGAAGAGAAAACCUCCCAAAAGCACAACAACCAGCACCACCACUACCACAACGAGCACCACCACCACUACCACACCUGCGCCAGUGCCGCUCAUCACCCAUGGGGAACCACUACUCAUUGAGGCCAAGAAGCCACGCAGGAGAAUCGAUCCGAACAUAGACCUUAACUUUGCCAACGCGGGAAACCACCAGGCCACGGCUUCCAGCUCCGAUGAGCUGUCCAAGUUGUUGCAAAAUCUCCAGGAACUGGAAAAGCUGAAGAUUAACCCGGAAAAUGUUAUUAAGGCAGCCAGUCCGGGCGCCCAAUCGUUGAGCAGUCGAUUCUCCACCACAAGCACAACCACCAGCACCACCACCACCACCACCCCCUCGCCUUCCCAGAACGAGGCACGAGAGCUGCAGCGAAUCCUUAAGCAGCUUCAGCAGUUGGAGCAAUCGAGCAGAACCACAACGAGCACAACCAGCACCACCGCAAAGCCAUUGAGAAACCAGGCUCUGGGUUUGGGCUUGGGCUUGGGAGCGGGACCAGGCAGCUCUCUCGGUGCUGCCGAUCUCUUCCAGCUGCAGCGCCUCCUGAGUGACGAUCGCGAGCUGGAGAAGUUGUACGAGCAGGCCAGGAACAGCAAGAGGAAACAGCAGCCCAAGACGACUACUAGUUCCACCUCCACCACAUCCACCACAAGUACAACCACGAGCACAACCACGACGCCCAGGCCCACACCCUCAGUGGAUCAUGCUCAGUUUGAGGCGCUGAUUACCCGUGUCCAGCAGUUGGAGCAACUGCAGCAGCCCACAACACUGCCUAACUUCCUCACGAGAAACGUGGCUGGUUCCAGGCCGGCAAUUAGCCUGCCCAGCAACGAUUAUGCCCACCUGCAGGAACUCUCGCCGACCUCAGCCUCCCUCGUUCCCGGUGGAGGAGCUGUAGAGAUCUCCACGGCUGCUUCCACCACCAAGCAGAGACCAUUGAGCCACUUUGAAAGGAGCAAUGGGCUGCUACGGGAAGAGGUGCAUCCACAGGACUACGUGCAGUUGCAAAAGCUGUUGAGCAAAGUCCAGGAGCUAGAGCGAGUGCAACUCCGAACGGAUCACGUAACCCAUCCCCAUUCCCAGCUGGUCACCGCGGCCUCAAUCCGCAGUCCCAAUGUAAAAACUGUCAAUGGAGCUCAUAUCGUUUAUGCUCAGCGAGCCAAGGAUCAGGGGGGGGAGCUGGAACCCGAGCUUAAGCUGGAUUUGCCCGUCUACGAGAAGCCUGCAACCAUGGCCACGCCAUCCCAAUCCUCCAGCGAGGAGCUCCGGGAACUGGCCAUGAGUCAGCCCGCCCAUCCGCAGCACGGAUCCUCACCAGACUUCGGUCAGUUCCAGCAAUUUUUCGGUAGCCUAGAGGACACGGGCGAGCGCCAGAGCUAUCAGCACAUGCAGCCCAUCUAUAAGACGGUGCAGACCCAGCCACCGACCACGCCGGCAGCUCCUCGAUUCGUGCCCGCUAGGAGGGCUCCCACUACGCCCAGCUCCGGGCCCAGAAAGGCGGAUCUGGAGGAGCUGCAGAAGCUGCUCUACAACACGCAACAGCUGCAGAAGCUGGGCGUUGCCCUGCCCCACGAGUUGUCGCAGCAGCUCGAAAGCCAGCUGCAGGCUACCUCGUCCUCCACUUCCUCCACCACCACUACGACUAGCACCACUCCGGCUCCCGCUCAGGUGCACGACACCUCCUCGCCGGCGGUAUUUUCGCUCACCACCAGCCGGCCCAGGGUGCGCCCCAUCCCGGACCCCAAGCCCACCACGGAGAGCAGCCUCCAGCUGCCCGUUUUCAGUGCCACCAAAAUUAUAGAGGCGGCCAUCAAGCGGGCGGCCAACAGGAUUGGUGUAAGCACCGAACUGGCACCCAAACAGGGACUGCCCAGCGAUUUGGUCAAGGGACUGGGCGUGGGCAGUGGCUUCCGGCGGCGCAGCGAUGAGGGCGACGCAGAGGACUUGCAUGAGGGCGACGAGAGGGAGGGAGAGCUCGAUGGCGACCUCAUGGCCGAGUUCAGCGAGCUUAAUUACCAGCUGGCGAAACCGGAGCCCGAGACACCCAAGAAGAAACGCGAUGACUCCACAAGCAAUCUCAGCGAGCUGCAGCGCCUGAUCAGCAAUCUCCAAGAGCUGCAGCAGCUCAAUGUGAGCUUGGACCAGGUAGCCACAGCGACGUCGACUGCGAGACCCAAUCCAGACGCCGCCUAUCUGCAGUCCCUGCAGAGUGGGCAAGACGAGACGCUGAAGGCGCGGCGGCAAAGCGUGGAAAAUGCCACCACGGAGGGUGGCAAGCAGAAGGAUGCCGAGGAUCCGCCAGCGACCACCCAAUCCCCCACCAAGAUUAGUCUGAGCCUGGGCUUGGACGACAUCGAUGGAGACACCAAAGGAACAAUUGAGGAGGAGGGAUCCAGCAGCGCCAGUACCACCACCACUACCACCACGGAGGAGCCGCGGAACGGAUCCCUCGACGACUUAGCAGACUCAUUUGGACCUGAUCCCGUCAGCGAGGAGCCACCGCCGCCAAAGAAGAAGAAUGGAUUCUACUUCCUGGCCGACUGGAAUUCGUUCCUCGAAGUGGGUGACGGCGAUGACCAGGUGGUGGUUCGACUCAGUCCCAAGAUCGGGGAUCCGCGCCUAUUUCUGCCCGUUAAGAUUCCCUCUUAGGAGGAGGAUCCUUCGGACCGGCUAACUGUACAUAUGUUUCCUCCCAACUUGGUCGUCCUCUUCCAACCGCUAUCGUAAUGUGUGUGUAUUUAUUGUAGUCACUGUCCUCUCAAUCUGCGUGCCCCUCGGAUAAGGGAUCCGCAAUCCGGGGACUCAUAGUCGUAAGUCCGGCCUAGGAUGUAAGAGUCAAUCACUGAGUUCAAGGGCCAGCGAAAAGUCGUGGUUAAUGCUAUGUAUAUGUGAACCUAAGCUCUUGAAAUAAAGAUAUAUCUAUAUAGUUAAA